AUGAGCAAGUUUCCCGAACCCCUCACCACCUCACCAAGCCGAUACCUUCUUAUUCACAAUACCUUGGUCAUUAAGAAUUUGUUAAUCAUGAGCCAGAGACUGAGAGGAUCGAUCCAUCGUCCAGACCUGAGUGUGGUCUUGUUGUGUAUCGAAGCUGUCGUCGUCUUCGCCGCUCUCGUGCUAUUCGGCGUGGCGUACCCAGAUCGCUUCCGCUCGCGACUCUGGAGGAACGGCGGUGAGCAAGGAUGGUGUUCGAAUCCCAGAAUGCGGAUAUACUUCUAUGCCAACCAUGAAGAGCCACCCGAGAUACCCUUGAUAUGGAGCCAAAGGUUGACGACUUCCGACAUGGCCACUGCGGUCCUCGGAGCGACGAUAUUCUUCGCCCGCCUAACGAUGGCGGUCCUGCAAUACGAAGCCCGAUGGACGAACCUCGCGUACGACGCCUUCCUCGGCGUCCUAUGGGCCUGCAGUGCCGCCGCGCAGAACGAACCCGAUCUAAGCGAUCCUCAUCACUUCAGCGAGAGGCCGUGGUAUCUCACCCGAAGCUGUGACGAAGCGUGGCCAGAGAAUCGGGGCUGGUGUAUGAUUGCGAAGUGGGAAUAUGCCUGGUCUAUUUUUGCUGCGUUCUUUUACGUCGCGAGGGUCGUUGGAACGUUGAGCUGGUCGUUAUACGAGAAAGGAAGAAGAGAUGGAUUUAGCACUGGGUGCAAGGCGCUAUCCCUAUCAGAGUGCGAUCCGUGGACUGAGGAGUGCGAGAUCGCGUUGUACAUGGAUGAUGCGUAG